AUGCGUCCUCCCCGCGCGCGCACUCUCACGCGCACGAUGGCGUCCCUCACGAUCGCGAGCAUCCGCCCGGUGCGUCCCCGACCGCUCUCGCGCGCCGUCCCUCCCUCUCGCGCCUCGGCGCCUCGGUCGGGCGCGAGGGCGCGCGUCGUCGUCGACGUCGCGUCGAUCGCUCACGCCGCGAUCGUCCUCCUCGCUCCUCCUCCUCCGCCUCCGAUCUUGCGAUGUACACAGGCGGUCGUCGCGGCCGACGCGCUCGGGUCCAAGCCCCGCGCGGCGGCGGCGCGCGCCCUCCGCGCGCGAUCCCCCACCGCGACGUGGUCGUCGUCGCGCCGCCGCCGCGCGAUGAACACGACGACGCGCGCCGCGGUCGACGUGUCCGUCGCGUACGCGGUCGCGCAGCAGGACCUCUUCUUCGCCGCGUGCGUCGCGGGCGAGACGCUGUACCAGCAGGGCAACAUGCCGAGCGACUUCAAGGGGCGGCCGACGUUCCAGUCGAUCGCGCUGCCGUGCGGUCUGCUCGUCGGCGCGUUCCUCGCGAUUCAGACGGACAACGCGGUGGUCUCGCCGGGGGGGUUAGUGCUCGGCGCGGGCGCGUGUUUGCUCGCGGGGAAAGGGUUCUUAGAUCGCUUCGACGCGAUGGAGGACGACGGGAUGGACUGGCCGGGGCCGCGCGUGUACCCGGGGACGGGGAUUCUGUUCGCGCUGUUCGCGCUGCUCGCGAACGUGGAGGCGCUGCCGCGGAUCCUCAGCGGGUACUGAGCGGCGUGGAUCGCGCGCGUGCGCGUACGUGUAGAGAGAG